AUGAGUCUGUCCAAACGCACUCGUCGGCCAGUGGCGUCCCGGCCGUCGAUGGCUCGUCCUUCUGUUCCGUUCACCGGCACGCUCACUUGUUACUCUGUGGCAUUUAUCGACAAACCCGACUUGGAAUUUGGGGACAAAGUAAUCCUUCCGCCAAAAGUGCUACUGGAAAUCCAAUGCCUCAAGAUUCCACUGCCUCUCUUGUUCAAACUGUCAGUUCCAGCUUCAAAGACCUCGUCCGAGAGUUAUCAUUACUGUGGAGUGCUAGAAUUCAGCGCCCCCGCAGGCCAGAUGUAUGCGCCGUAUUGGAUGAUGCAGCAGCUGGGGGUCGACGAAGGGGGCACAGUGCACUUGGAAAGUGCACUUUCCAUUCCCAAGGGUUUGUUUUGCCAGCUGCAGCCAGAUCAAAUGGACUUUUUAGACAUCGCAGCGACCGUUGGCCCAAAGGUUUUACUCGAGUCGGCCAUGCGCCGGUAUUCAUGUUUGAGUGUGGAUGGGUGCAUUGUGAUUGAAUAUGGCGAUCAAAAGUAUUUUCUCAAAGUGCUCCAAGUCAAGCCCACGCCCGUGGUGCAUUUAUUUGGCGACGUGGAUUUGGAAGUGGAUUUCAAAGCCCCUGACAAUGUGGACCCCCGACGCCCCAACUCUGCCCGUCCAACCGGCAGCCACGAGCUCUGCCCCUCACACUCCUUCAACACAGCGCCAGCCCCAACAGUGGACAACAACACUAGCGCUGCCACGUCAUAUGGACGUCGGCUGGCGGACGGGGGGUUUGUAUCCUCCACGGCCCCCCACUCCAGCUCGAACCCCUCCUUCGAUGCCUCGAUCCCAACGACGUCAGUGCCCAGAAACCUAUCGUUAAAAGCGGCCCAAAUCAAAGCCAAGAAGCAAACCGAAGGCCUCGAUCCGGCCAAAUUCAAAGCCAUCAAAGCGUUUGCAACUCCAGGCCAAUCUAUCGCCCCACCACCUUCAUCUCCGUCCUUGUCAUCAAUCGCCCCCUACGCACAAGACAACCAAGCGGACCAUCGUUCCACCGCUCUUGUUCCCCCCACAGUCCCCCUUCCGACCGCACCCGGAGCCCCCACGACGUCGCCGCCUAGUUCGUCAUGUCCGUUUUGUCUCGCAGACGUCCCCCCGGCCCACGUUGACUUGCACAUGUUGCGCUGUAAGCAGCACACUGCAUACCAUCGCUUUGCGUGUACCACUUGCAACGCAAAAGUGCUGCAAACUGACGCACAAGAGCAUGUACAUUGCCACAAGUGCGACUUUGUCGGGGCAGCUGACACCGUGGUGAUGCACACAAACGAGUUUCAUGUGUCCGUGCGAUGUACUUGUGGCGCGUCGAUGGCGGCGGACGCGUUGUCCGCGCACAAAUGCACGGCAUGUCCCCUCACGUUCAUGCCGUGUGCGCUGUGUUCCCUAUCGUUUCAACGCCACAAAUUCGACGCGCACUACUCUGUCUGCUCCAACCGAACCCAGCAAUGCGAGGUGUGCAACAAGUACGUGAACGUGGUGUCGUACGCACAACACUGCGACCAGUGCGCGGACCUGCCAUCUGUCGCCAGUCAUGCAAAAUCCCCCCCCACCGAAAUGCCUUGUACGAAUCCUUGUGAAUCACCCACUUCGAAGGACAUAACAAGUCCAGUGGACGACGACAACACUGCGACAAUGUAUCGGUGCCCAUACUGCACCGACGCCACGUUUCCAAACAUGUUUGCGCUGGACCGGCACACUGAGUCCCAGUGUCCCAUUGCCAAUUUGAACAGUGCCAAGGACGCGCCAAUCUUACGUGGCAAGCUCAGACGCAAGGCGGAUUUACAAAAACCCACCGCAGUGUCCAAGGCUGGCGGCGAGCGCAUUGGGCAGCCGAAACAAUCGCCACCACGACGACGACGACUCCUUGGCACGCCCAGCAAUAACCAGCAGCAGACGCUGCCACGUACUGGGUCCAAUGAAUUGCGUGGCAGCCACAACAAUAGAAUGGGCGAGACGGUCCUUCAAGGCAGCACCGUGGGGCUACAUGCGUCCAAAACCAGUAGACUCAACCAAGUCGAGGCGCUGAUAGGACGGAAGCCAUCGUCGGUGGCACGACCGACCAAGCGAUAAUAUAUUUCGUACACAAUUA